CAAAUGUUGAGAAUACAGCACGUACGGUCGUGUUGUGGAAAUUUUUUGAUCAUUUUCACUCAAAGUUUUAUGACAUUGAAUGAUGGAGCAGACAUAGAUCAAAUGUGAAGAAGUGUGAACUGAAGAGGUGAGCUGACGACCGAGUUGAUGAUAGAAAAAUGUCGCGCUGGGACUGGAAGGACCUGUGUGGGCGGGGUGAAAACAUCAGCACGUGGAUUCAGUCGGAUUUCGGAUUUUGCUUUGAGCAACUGGCGAUUGUAUGCCCCACGUACUGUGUAAUGGCCAUUGUAGGCGCUUUCUAUUUAGCCCAUGGAAGUCGAAGCCAGUCGUAUUUGACAUCCAGAUGGCGGUGGAACUCAAAAGGAAGGUUUGCCCUGUGUUUACUUCUGGUACUUGCUCCCCUGUUGCGAAUCAGUCUUCAAGCCCUAGUGAGGAGACGUCUUAUCAGCAUCGCAGACGGAAGUAUUUGUGGCGUAGCGAUGUUUGCCUGGCUCCUUCAGUCUGCCUUUCAGUGGAAAUUGAAAUACCUUUAUUGGAUGAGCACAAGAGGCCCAGUGGCUGUAAAUUUGGCAGUUCUGCUCACAACAGUUGCAUCUGCCAUACAAGUUCGGACAGUUGUGCUUCAGCGUAUUGAACAUUCCAUCCUUCACAGUCCAUCAGAAGAAAUCAUCACUUACAUUAUUCUUGGCUUUCAGGUGCUUUUCUUGAUAACGCUUAUACCUGCUUCUCCACAAACGUACACAGCAGCCAGUAAUAAUGUUCACGUCCAAGAAGAAAGUGAUCGCCUUUUAGACAGUGGCAGAACUGUCCGAGAUUAUGGUGCAGUCAAACAUGUGUCAAAAGACCUGGGUGUUGCAGAAUAUGCACACUGCUUAUCAAAGUUGACAUUCCACUGGGUUACCCCACUUUUGGUGAAGGGAGCAAAGAAACUUAUAGAGAAUGCUGAUGAUUUGUUCACUCUACCCAGUCGCUUAAACACACAUAGAAUUCAUUUAAAAUUCAGUUCUAUUCUUCAAGGUAGAGAAAAGGUCAGAGCACAUACAGAUUUAUCGAACAGCGUGUGCUCAAGUAAGAAUGUGGAAAGUCCAGGAAUACAGUCACCUGACAAUGAUCUGAGAGUUCCACAUGUGCAGGUGCAGACUCCAUUACAGCACAACACCAGUAGAAAUUAUAAACCUAGAUCACUGUUGUCUGCCUUGAAUAAGGCCUUUGGAUGGGAGUACUAUUUAUUAGGUGUGUUAAAGCUGCUAGCAGACUGUCUUGGCUUUGCAGGACCACUUCUUUUGAAUCUGUUGGUUACUUAUAUCGGUGAUAAGAAUGAAAAAGAGUCCAAUGGAUAUAUUUAUGCCAGCGGGUUGUUCGUGUCAACAUUUCUGGCCAUGUUUUUUACCACCCAGUUUGAUUAUAAUGUUCAAGUGGUAGGUUUCAAGAUCAGGGCUGCAAUAAUAACAACAAUAUACCACAAGGCUCUAGCAGUGAAUUCGGUGUCUGCAUCAAAGUUUACCACAGGAGAAAUUGUUAACUUCAUGAGCACAGACACUGACAGAAUAGUUAACUUCUGUCCAAGCUUCCAUGCAUUCUGGAGCCUGCCUUUCCAAAUAGGUGUGUCCCUCUAUUUGUUACAUCAGCAAGUGGGCGUGGCAUUUUUGGCCGGAUUAUGCUUUGCUGUGAUACUUGUCCCUGUAAACAAGUGGCUCGCUAACAAGAUAGGAGAUCUGAGCACUAAAAUGAUGACUCAAAAGGAUGCACGUGUCAAGGUGAUGAGUGAGAUGUUACAAGGCAUUCGCAUCCUGAAACUCUACUCCUGGGAAGAGCACUUCUCCCAGAAAAUCACAAAGUUGAGAGAGUUAGAACUGAAGAGCUUAAAGGGCAGGAAAUAUUUGGAUGCUUUAUGUGUGUAUUUCUGGGCCACAACACCUGUGCUUAUCUCCAUUUUAACAUUUACGACUUACUCUUUGAUGGGCCACACAUUAACGGCUGCCAAGGUAUUUACAAGCCUGUCACUAUUUGUGAUGUUGAUUAGUCCUCUGAAUGCCUUCCCCUGGGUGUUGAAUGGUCUGAUGGAAGCCUCGGUGUCUCUGAAGAGAGUUCAAGCAUUUGUACAGCUUAAGGAGUCCCAGCUAGACACAUACUAUAAAGAAAUGAAUGAAAAGAUUUUACUUUUUUUCAAAUUCACUGGAAGCUUUUUGAUCAGACUCUUAAAUUCGGUGAAUCAAAUUAAGUGUGAGAAAUAUUUGGAUGUGUAUUAUUUUUCUUUAUUAGCAUUUUUUUUAUUCCUUUUUUCACAUGUUUACUUUUCUGUUACAGAUUCAUUACCCAACAGAAAUAUUCUUGAAAUAGACAAGGCCACGUUUGCUUGGUUUGAGAAACAAGACUCAGUUUUGGAAAAUAAUGUGCAAGAGAAUACCACAGGAUCAUCACAUUUUAAUACUUUGAAACUUACAGAUAUUAGCCUUGAGGUCAAGAAAGGUAUGUUAGUAGGUGUGGUGGGAAAGGUAGGGUGUGGUAAGAGCUCUCUGCUGUAUGCAAUCCUAGGGGAAGUGGUGAAGGAAGAAGGGAGUGUUGGUCUGGAGGAUUACCCCGCUGGGUUUGCCCUGGCCAGUCAGGACCCCUGGUUACAGCAUGCCACUCUCAGGGAGAACAUCCUUUUUGGAAAGCCAUACAAUAUCAGGAGAUACGACCAGGUGGUGGAGGCAUGUGCGUUAAGUGAAGAUUUACAGAUGUUACCUGGAGGAGACCGUACUGAGAUAGGUGAGAACGGAGUAACAUUGAGCGGUGGACAGAAGGCCAGAGUUGCUCUAGCCAGGGCUGUAUAUCAGGAUAAAGAUUUCUACCUGCUUGAUGAUCCAUUAGCAGCUGUGGAUGCCCAUGUUGCACAGCAUCUGUUUGACAAGUGCAUCAUGGGGUUACUUCAAGACAAAACAAGAAUUCUCUGUACUCACCAUGUCAAGUUCUUACAGAGAGCGGAUUUAAUUGUCCUCAUGGAGAAUGGGAAAAUUGUUUCUGUUGGAGCACCCUUGGAGGUGUUGGAAUCAGAUGUAGUUAAGGACAUAGUGUAUGCUAUACCUGAUCAGGCCUCCAACAACCAGUCACAGCCCAUCAGUGAGUUGACAGAGCCUGACUCUCUUGUGAAGGAGGAAGAAAAGAAUACUGGUGUAGUGAAGUUUUCCGUGUACAAGUCCUACUGGAAGGCUGUGGGGAAUUGUUUAGCUUCCUUCAUUUUAUUGGCACUUUUCCUGAUGCAAGCCUCUAGAAAUAUCAAUGACUGGUGGUUGUCUUACUGGGUGACCCAUGCUCAUCACCAGAAAUCUCCUAGAGCUAAUGGUAGUAUUCCCCAGCCAGUCCCUGACAAUGCACAUUCACUGCUCAGCUACCAUCCUCUUCUCCUAACAAACAGGGAGGAAGCUGUGCUGUCAAAUGAGUCGAUGCGCAAUGUGACAGAAGCAGAGGAUAACGUGAUGUUCUACCUGACUGUCUAUGGGUGCUUAGCUGCGGGAAAUUCCCUCUUCACCCUGUUCAGGGCAUUUCUCUAUGCGUAUGGUGGUAUAAGAGCUGCUCAAGCUCUUCACAAGACCGUACUUGCUGCUAUUCUUAAGGCUCCCAUAGGACUGUUUGACAGGACCCCAAUAGGACGAAUCGUGAAUCGCUUCUCCUCAGACAUGUACUCAAUUGACGAUGCCCUGCCCUUCAUCCUCAACAUCCUGUUAGCUCAGAUGUUUGGUAUUCUGGGCAGUGUGGCCAUCACCUGUUAUGGACUGCCCUGGUUCUCCUUCCUCCUUAUACCACUGGUCACAGUCUACUACUUUGUUCAGCAAUAUUAUCGAAAAACAUCCCGGGAAAUCAAACGAAUCUCCAGUGUCACGCUUUCACCAAUCUAUGCUCAUUUCUCAGAGACUAUUGGAGGACUAGCCACCAUUCGGGCAUUCCGUCACACAGACAGGUUCCGAGAAGAAAACGAACGUCGUUUAGAUUUGAAUCAGAGAGCACAGUUUGCUGCUAAGGCUGUGUCUGCUUGGCUAAGCUUCCGUCUACAGUUGCUAGGGGUUGCCAUGGUAACAGGUGUUGCAUUUACAGCUGUGUUGGAACAUCACUUCAGAACAGUAAAUCCCGGUCUUGUGGGCUUGGCUAUCACCUAUGCAUUGUCCAUUACUAACCUGCUCAGUGGAGUGGUCACCUCGUUCACAGAGACAGAGAAGCAGAUGAUCAGCGUUGAGAGAGUACAGGAGUAUAUAGAUGACACACCCACAGAACGCUGGCAGGGGGUGCUUGUGGCACCUCCAUAUUGGCCAAUUCAGGGAGCAGUCAGUUUUGCACGAGUACAUCUUCAGUAUCGCCCUGGUCUUCCGGAUGCGUUGAAUGGCGUAUCGUUUGAGACGCGGCGAGCAGAGAAGAUUGGCAUAGUGGGCAGGACAGGCUCUGGCAAGUCCAGUCUGUUCAUGGCUCUGUUCAGGCUGGUGGAGAUUCAGGCAGGAGAGAUACACAUUGACGGAAUUAACAUCCAUCACCUUGACCUGACAGACCUCAGGUCUCGACUCGCUAUCAUUCCACAAGAUCCAUUCUUGUUUAGUGGUACUGUACAGGACAACUUGGAUCCAAGGGGAGGUUACUCUGACAGGGAACUUUGGUCAGUCCUGGAGAAAUGUCACCUGAAACAGGCCGUGGAACGCUUGGGAGGCCUGAGGGCAGAUGUGGCUGAGAGGGGGCGACACUUUUCCCAAGGACAGAAACAGCUGCUCUGUCUAGCCAGGGCCCUUCUAAAGAGAGCUAGGGUGCUGUGUAUUGAUGAAGCAACAGCCAGUGUAGACCUGGAGACUGACCGCUACAUACAGCAGACCAUCCUGGAUGAGUUUAGAGAGAACACCGUCUUCACCAUCGCACACAGGAUCAACACAAUCAGGAACGCAGACAGAAUCAUGGUCAUGGCCAAUGGCAAGAUCAUCGAGUUCGCUGCCCCUGCUAAGCUGUUGGAGAACCCCAAAUCAGCAUUCUACAAACUCAGUCACGGCAAUUACAGCUGAGGUCUUGUGGUUGCAUCACUAAAAUGAUGACCAGAAUUAUCUCCCUUCAGCUCCUUGAACUGUUUUUUUUGUACUGCCUGUUUUCCAAGUGGAUGUCUAGUGGAUGUCUGGUACAUGCACUUAACAGAGUAGGCUUAUCCUCAAUGUAAACAUUCCAUGUCAUUUCCAUUUUUGCAUCAUUUUACUUGUAAUGGCCAGAGGAUCGCGUUAUGUGUAGAAAAGUGAACAUGAUUGAUGUAUGGGUAGACAAUCACCGUACAUGUAUCAUGCGCCAGCAGUCCUUAUAUCUUCUGAGACGUGAUGGCGGCGGCAGAUUAGGAUCUGCCUGUAGUGUAGUACUAAUAAAAGUACCAAUAUGUACUUGACAAUUCCUGUAAAAAAAUCUUGCAUUCUAGAAGUUUUUCUAGCAGUUGCCAUUAAACUAAACAUAUUGUUUUAUAUCUGUGCUAAUUGGUUGAAUCUUUAAAAAUAAUGAGAUUCUAGAGUAUUUAUCCUUAGUGCAGUUAGAGCUAAAGUAUUUAUUAAUGAAUAUUAA